AUGCUAGAUGCCAAGCGCUCGAUGGUGAUUGCCUUGAUCGACGAUCCGGAGCCAGGGCCUCACCUCUACCAGGUCAAGGCUGCUGUCACGAGCGAGGAGAACGCGACUGCCGUGUGCCAGCUGGACGACGACGACCGCCAGCUCUCGCUCAUCCGCCUUCCGGGCAAGAUUGUGACUGGGCCUUCCAGGUGUUCGGGGCCGGCCAGCGUCACCGAGGACACGUGGACCGAGAUCCCUGGCCUCUCGGUGACCGUCGAGGUGUCGGGCGCGCACGACAAGGUCCUCGUCGUGUACAACACCAAUUUCAAUCCGUCGGAGUUCAAGUACGAGGCGUAUUUCACCCUCUUCCGGACCAGCGACCACGCAGGCGCCCGCAACCUCGGCCACCCGCACGCAGGGCUGCACUGCGUGGCCUCCGCCGCGUCGGCCUCCAGCGAGUACCCCGUGGGCAUGCUGACCGACGCGCCGGGCGUGGGCAGGCACACCUACUCGGUGCACGCGAGGACGUGCCGGUGCGAGGACCAGGUGCACCCCCCCGAGAUCGAGGUUGGACCUGAUGGCCAAAUAGCAGCGGUGCAGCUGGGCACCAGGACGAACACUUCAACGCUCGGCGACGAGAUGGCCAAGGA